UGACUCCAGCUGCUCUCCAAUAAAAGAGCGCUAGUCAUCUGCCGAGAAGUCAAAUACAAGAAAUUCCUCAAGACAGAAGUCACUCAGGGGACAGUUGCUGUUGUUCUGUCAGCACAACCUGUGAGUUUACCGCACCUUUUUUUUUUUUGCUGCGUGACCAAGCGGUUACCGUCACUCCGUUGCGCCGUCAUGUGUGCGCUGCUGCCUACGUGGACCUGUCUGUUGCUCGGCCUCCUGACCCUGGAGACCCAGACCCGAGUGCCGCUGAGCCAGCAAAACCUCCAGAGUAGCAGACACAAGUCAUCCAAAUCAUCCAAGCACAUGAUGCCUUCUUUCACAAUGCCACCUACGUCCGGUCAGUCCAUUGCCCUUGACAACACCAUCACCCUGGCAGAGAGCAGUUUCAUCUGGCGAGUCCUCCUUAAGGAGCCCCCGCCGAGGUGGCUCAAACUAGAGCAGGAAAUGUGGCCGGGCGACCGUGGUAGGUCCCGAGGACGUCGCCAUGCCAACGGCCGAAGGGCCCAUGGGCAGCUGAUGAGGGCGGGUUGCGUCCUGGGCACCUGUCAGGUGCAGAACCUCAGCCAUCGUCUUUACCAGCUGAUUGGACGCAGCGGCAGGGAAGACUCCUCCCCAAUCAACCCUCGUAGUCCCCACAGCUACGGCUGACACUUGGAUUUAGUCAGUUUAGUAUUUCAUUACCCAUUAUACAACCCAAUUCCAAUGAAGUUGGGACGUUGUGUUGAACAUAAAUAAAAACACAAUACAAUGAUUUGGAAAUCAUGUUCAACCUAUAUUUAAUUGAAUACACUGCAAAGACAAAAUAUUUAAUGUUCAAACUGAUAAACUUGAUUGUUUUUAGCAAAUAAUCAUUAACUUAGAAUUUUAUGUCUGCAACACGUUCCCAAAAAGCUGGGACAGGGUCAUGUUUACCACUGUGUUACAUCACCUUUUCUUUUAACAACAUUCAAUAAACCUUUUGGAACUGAGGACACUAAUUGUAGAAGCUUUGUAGGAGGAAUUCUUUUCCAUUCUUGCUUGAUGUACAGCUUCAGCUGUUCAACAGUCGGGGGUCUCCUUUGUCGUAUUUUACGCUUCAUAAUGCGCCACACAUUUUCAAUGGGAGACAGGUCUGGACUGCAGGCAGGCCAGUCUAGUACCCGCACUCUUUUACUACAAAGCCACGCUGUUGUAACACAUGCAGAAUGUGGUUUGGCAUUGUCUUGCUGAAAUAAGCAGGGGAGUCCAUGAAAAAGACAUUGCUUGGAUGGCAGCAUAUGUUUCUCCAAAACCUAUAUGUACCUUUCAGCAUUAAUGGUGCCUUCACAGAUGUGUAAGUUACCCAUGCCAUUGGCACUAACACAGCCCCAUACCAUCACAGAUGCUGGCUUUUGAAAUUUGUAUCCAUAACAGUCCAGUUCUUUUCCUCUUUGGCCCGGAGGACACGAGGUCCACAAUUUCCAAAAACAAUUUGAAAUGUGGACUCGUCGGCCCACAGAACAUUUUUCCACUUUGCAUCAGUCCAUCUUAGACAAGCUCUUGCCCAGAGAAGCCGGCGGCGUUUCUGGGUGUUGUUGAUCAAUGGCUUUUGCUUUGGAUAGUAGAGCUUCAAGUUGCACUUACGGAUGUAGCGCCGAACUGUAUUUACUGACAUUGGUUUUCUGAAGUGUUCCUGAACCCAUGUGGUGAUAUCCUUUACACAUCGAUGUCGGUUUUUGAUGCAGUGCCGCCUGAGGGAUCGAAGGUCACGGGCAUUCAAUGUUGGUUUUCGCCCUUGCCGCUUACAUGCAGUGAUUUCUUCAGAUUCUCUGAACCUUUUGAUGAUAUUAUGGACCGUAGAUGAUGAAAUCCCUAAAUUCCUUGGAAUUGUACAUUGAGGAACAUUGUCCUUAAACUGUGCGACUAUUUUCUCACGCACUUGUUCACUAAGAGGUGAACCUCGCCCCAUCGUUGCUUGUGAAUCACUGAGCAAUUCAGGGAAGCUCUAUUUUUAUACCCAAUCGUGGCACCCACCUGUUCCCAAUUAGCUUGUGCACCUGUGGGAUGUUCCAAACGUGUUUGAUGAGCAUUCCUCAACUUUCUCAGUCUCUUUUGCCACCUGUCCCAGCUUUUUUGGAACGUGUUGCCGCCAUAAAAUUCUAAGCUAAUGAUUAUUUGCUAAAAACAAUAAAGUUGAUCAGUUUGAACAUUAAAUAUCUUGUCUUUGAAGUGUAUUCAAUUAAAUAUAAGUUGAACAUGAUUUUUAAAUCAUUGUAUUCUGUUUUUUAUUUAUGUUUAACACAACAUCCCAACUUCAUUGGAAUUGGGGCUGUAGAACUGUGCUCCAUUCCAGGUGAACUUAAUUUUACAUUGUCUAGUCUUUUGAAUGCACAUGUCCAACUGUUCCAAGUUUCUGUAUAUUUUGCACAACUUGCUGUUCAUUUCCUGGUUAAAUUAGAAUUGGGAUUUAAGCAGGUCAAGUUUGAGACGACACCAAUUGAUCAACACUACCUUGCCAUUGGAGGGCUUCAAACAGGAUGUACUACUCACAGGGAGGUGGCCACUGAGCUUAGUGUCACAAGGUGUCAUUAGCAGGUUGCUACAGAGAGAAUGAAGGAGUCAAAGAAAGGUGUGGAAAUGGACGCUGUUGGAAAUGUAUUGGCCCAUUCAUUGAUCAAACUUGACGCAACCUUUACUGAAACAUUGAACAGUUGGACAUUUGCAUUCAAAAGGUUAGAUAAAGUCAAAUUAAGUUCACUUUUAAAGGUUAAAUUGAAUUUUCGCAUCAUCCUCAAAUUUCACCUGAAAAGUAAUCCGUACUUUUUGUGAGUAGUGUACAUUAUCUAUAUAAUAUCUAGUCUAACCAGGCAAAUAACACGACCAGUCAGAUGAUGGGAUGGAUUUUAAGCUUGGAUUUUACAGAACUAAUGAUGAUGAUGAUGACUUUGUAUUAAUAUCAUUUGACUGAGUAGAUGGAAUUUAUCAUUUGGUAGAAGUCAGGGGUGGGCAUACAGCAGGUUACAUUCCUUAAUCCAUCCCACCAAGCAUUUACGUCAUUAAAAGUCCUUUUUUAUUUGUUGCAUUAAUAUAGUAGCUAAAUUGUAACUAGUUAUUUUAAAUUAGUUAUCUAAUUAAACACUAUUUAUUUAUUAUAAUUAUUGUUCACCAAUUUUACAUUUAAAUGUAAACUAUUUAAUUCAAAAUUAUCAGAAAUAUGAAUUAGAUUACAUUUUAUAUUUAAUAUUAAUUGUAUUAAUAAUGAAAGAAUAGUCACUUUUUUCAAACUUUUUUUAAACCUCAUUUACAAAUAACCUGGCCCAUUAGUCAAUUUUAAAAAUCAAAUGUGGCUCGAGCCCGCCCGUGAUAUAGACACUCACCUGUACGAUAAAAUACAGGUGGUGUAUUAGCAUGUACUCCUGCACAAUUACAGAAAACCGGUAUCAGUAGAGGGAAGAUCUCUGCCAGGUAUACAAACAAUCCUGAACAAGUCCAUCUGACUCAGAUUGAAAACUAAUUCAAGUGCAAGGUGGUGCUGUUCUUCUUCACUCCUGUAAGUGGCAGUAAUGCACAUUCGAGGAUACCACCAGGAAACAUUUUUGAUUUAGAAUUUUAUUACAACGCACAAUACAGUAUUUCGUUGUUUUUUGCAACAGUAAGAUGAAUUUUGGUGUCUUGAAAGAUUUACUUUAUUAAUAAGUAAAUAAACAAAAAGUAUGUCAACGACCACACACAGCAAUCUUUUUUUUUUCCCCCCCAACACACUGGCUGGUCACUUCCCCACUUAAUCCCGAUUUCAAGCAUACCUUCAACAAGUAAAAGUAAAUUCCUUUACAAGUUUAUACAGAUCUGCACCAAAAUUGUUCUUCCUUGGCCCAUGUGAAAACUAACAGGGAUCCAACAUAACCACCUCACCCCAAUGAAAGUUAACUGUAAGCCUGAAAAAGUUGUUCUUCUUUGGCAAUUAACAAAAUAACUGGGAUUAAAAUGUACUUCCUGCUUGACAUACAUAAUGCUUAGUUUUGACUUUGACCUAGAACAUAACAACCUGACCGCACACACAAAAAAAAAAAUAGAUAGAUAAUCAGCCGAAAGAACCACCCAUGUACUAACAACCAAUCAGAGCUACCAGUGUGUAAGGAAGCCUCACUUUAACGAAAGGAUUUUCUAGGCCUUAAAAUUGCAUGCCUUUGAUUUGUUUUAAUUCUAUUAUGGAGGACUAUUCAAGGGUUACUCGAGGUGAAAUGUUUCAAGGCAAGCACUGUAUUGGUCCUCAUAUUGAGUUUGACUUUUAAAGCACUGUUAUUUAACUUUUAAAUUCACUGUUUCCCCUAAAUUGAGAAUUUACUUGUGGUGGUGGGCAAGGCAGUGAAGUGUGGUGUUUGAUAAGCGCAUUAAAAAUAA